UGAACGCACCGUGACACUGGCAGCUAGCCUAGCCGGCUAACUUGGCUAAUCUGAUUUAUCGCCCGAGUUAAGCUCGCGUAAGGUUAGCCCGGAUUACCAACUUUAGUUUUCCCACAUCUUGCGUUUAACGCAACGUCUACCUGACACCAAACAGCCUCAUCUCAUCAGGAUGGCAUCGCUCGGGGAGCCUGUGCGACUGGAAAGAGACAUCAACCGUGCCAUUGAACUGCUUGAUAAGCUCCAGAGGACAGGGGAAGUGCCCCCCCAGAAGUUGCAGGCGCUGCAGAGGGUCUUACAGAGUGAAUUCUGUAACGCUGUCAGAGAAGUGUAUGAACAUGUGUAUGAAACGGUGGACAUCAACAGCAGUCCUGAGGUCCGGGCCAACGCAACAGCUAAGGCUACUGUUGCAGCUUUUGCAGCGAGUGAGGGUCACUCACAUCCACGUGUGGUGGAACUGCCGAAGACCGAAGAAGGUCUUGGUUUCAACAUCAUGGGUGGAAAGGAACAAAACUCCCCUAUUUACAUAUCACGGAUCAUCCCAGGAGGCAUCGCGGAUCGUCAUGGCGGCCUGAAGAGAGGCGACCAGCUUCUCUCUGUUAAUGGGGUGAGUGUUGAAGGUGAGCACCAUGAGAAAGCUGUGGAACUCCUCAAAGCAGCUCAGGGCACAGUGAAGCUGGUAGUAAGGUACACCCCCAAAGUCCUCGAGGAAAUGGAGUCUCGCUUUGAGAAAAUGAGGUCGGCGAAGCGCCGGCAACAGAACAACUAUCCCCAGUAGGAUUCUGCCAAGUUGAUGUCCAGCUCCCAUGUCUCUCCUCCUCCCUCUCCUCCUCUAGCCUUCUGGCCAUCUGUUCUGGUCUCUUUCUUAUCUCCCGACCCAAAAAACACAACAUACAUAAGUCUUAGUUGCCUCUCACUCAUUCCCUACAUUGUGCUUCUACCCUUCUCUGUAGCAUUUUUACUAUUCACCAUUAUUACUGUAAUAGACACUACGACUCUAGACGAACACUAGAAUGAUCACGAUUGUCAGUGUAGGUGGUCUCUCACACGUGUGCAUUAUUUUCAAAUUGACAGUUUGAAUGCAAGUGACCAUCUUCAGAAUUUCUUUGACUGGAAAGGUAGUGUUUUUAAUUCUUUUAUCAGCCACUACCAAGUGCCUCAGGGCAAACGAGUUCAUCCUAUGUACUGUAUUCACUGUUAAAUUUUUUUAUUCUUUCAAAUGGUUUAAAGUCAAGUACUGGUUAUUAAAUGCUUGUGGCAGGAAUCACUCAUGUUCUGCCACUGUAAUUUUCAAAGAUUGUUUUAGUUGAGUAUAAAUACAUUUUCAAUACAAUGGCCACUGUAAACACAAGUCCAGAAUAGCUGGAGGAGUUGAUAUCAGUGAAUCUGUUAAAAAAACAUGUUUGAUAACAAGGCAAACCACUGAAAGGACACAUAAUCCACAGUUAUGGAUACUAGUGAAGGUUUCUUUCUCUGGGUUAAGUUUUCUUUGUGUCAUACCACACUGUUAAAAACAUUCAGUAGGUGCUGUAAGUGAUACAAAAUGGUCUCAGCAAAUUAUGAACUAAUUCCUGCCAUCAUAGAGACUCACAGUUUUACCUUUAUCUAAGUAAUAAACCGUCAUAAGCAUAAUCUUUGCAGGCAGCAUGACACAAGGUGAAACCUGUUCAGCUUCUGAUUACUUUUUCUUGACCUGAAUCAGGAUUUUACACUUUGUGUAUUUCUUUAGUCAGGUACCAAACAUUUACAGAACAUUUGUCUGUGAUCUUUGCUAAAAUGUGUCUGUCAGUGCUGUUUGCGUCAUAAAGUGACAGCACAAAGCAAAGUAAGACAUUCAUUAUAUCGAGCAAUCUCUUUGUUACAGUAAUGUGAGCUGUCAUCAUUGUAUUCAUGAGUGAAAUGGCGGAUGCAUAUAUCGCACACAUUGUUUAUGGCCUAUCAUCCAGGCUUUAUACAGUCUUUAGGGCAUUAUGUUUAACAUCUGUGGUUUUUUAACAUUUCAUUUCUCAACUCUGACUCAAAACAAAAAUUGUGUCUGAAAUGAAGCCUUCGCAACUUUUGGAUUUGUAUAUCUUGGUUUCAUUAAGACCUUUACAGUGGUUUAUCAUAUCCAUAACACCAGGAUUGGAAUCAGGAUCAACAUUGAGAUAGUGGAACUGUAGAUUUUAAUCAUUUAGUUAAACAAUGACUUCGAACCUACCUGGCUCUGACAAUAUAUUUGUUGGUAUACAGUACCAAGACUUUUCUGUAAUUUCUUUUCAUUAUUGUUAGCAACUGUCUUUACCCUAUUAAAGCUCCAUUCUUAUAAUAUUUAAUUAUUCAUUAUAUAUUAACAAAAGUAUUUAUUUUUAGACUUUUCUUGCUAUUCCAACAAAGGGAACAUUAAUGUAGUGAUUGUCUGUUCGACCCCGCCUCCUCAUUCACUCUUUCAGCAUGACAACAAACUUUCAUUUAGGAGACUUAUCCACACUAGUGUUUUGUUUCCAUGGUAGAGGCAGUAUCCUGUAUAUAGCAUACAUCCUCCCUCAAACUAGGCUAUAGUUAAGCAAGCCAUACGAUUUUCCAGUCUCAGGAUCAACAAAUCCCAUAGUUGAGACAGAUAGGUGGCAGUUGAGAUAGUUAUUUAUUAAAAGGAAGGAGGAUAAAGUAACGUAAGCGUGUGUGAAAGCAGGAAAGCUUUUAGCUUCGCUGUAGUUUCUGUGUUUCUUUGAACGGUGUCAUUAACAUCCUGCACUGUUUGUCCUCUGGUGUUGAAGCAUUCUUCAGAAAUGAUUUUUUUUUUUUAAUGCCCUGUACUGUUAAAUGGACAUCCAGUCAAGUUUGUCACUUUCAAAGUGUUUUGGCCCAAGUUGUCAAGACUUGACAUGACGAUAAACAGCUGCACAGCUAUUGUGACCGAGGCAUCUGAAAUUAUGUCACUGAUGGUUUCCAUUCGCUUGUGUGAUGAAGUAAUUCCAACGCUUUUCUCGCUGUUUUUCAUUGUUUUGUUUUUUUCACCAUCUCCUAACAAACAUGAAGGUUCAACUUACUGUUACAUUUUCAGUCAAUUUCUCCAGCAAACUGUAAAUAGCUUACUAAAAGGUGUUGAAGUCCAUAGGUAGAUUUUAGCAUGAAAUUAUUUAUAUUGUUUUCACCAGAAUAUGAGUGUGUGUGUGUGUGUGUUUCAGGGAUCUGGAAAAUGUCCUAAAAUGGGUUGCAUCACUGAAUGUUUAAAAAAAGAAAACAUUGUCAGUUCAAGAUUAGGGAAAUAUUGGUUGUUGUUUUUCUACAAUAAAGUGAGUUUAAUUUCGGUGAUGAUGUGAUAUUUUUUUCCUUAAUAAUUGGAACUGAAAAAGUAACAUUCAAAGAAAGCAAUUUGCAAAUACGAAUUUGUUGCAGCCUCUACAUUCGUCCAUCAUUAGUUUAAUUCAGGACAGAAUUCAGUUGAAAGUGAACAUCCUCACAAUAACAGAAGGACGUGAUAGAAAUGAGUCUGUUUGGUUCUCAGACGCCUGAUGGUCCAGGUUGAAAGCGGGCGAGGGCGUGUGUAGUGUCGGAGGCUCCACCUCAGGAUAUAGACACAAAUGGUGGUUGAUAGGACGAAGAAGAGGAGGGUCACAGCGAAUCGUAGAAAUGACUCCUGACAUUGACAGAGCAGGUUUCAAAGUUUUAAAGCAUUGCGGGAUUGGCUGAUUGGAUUACAGUAGACACCUAACCAUCAGCUGAUCGGAAGAGGCAGGAAGAGUGAGAGAGAAGUGUGAAUCAGAGCAUUGUAGAGAGAGUCUCCCUGAGAGAACUAAACGUCUGCUGUUCCUCGAAAUGUCAGGUUACCUGCGGCACUGUGAUCGCAGUUGAAGGUCUUGGCCACUUAAUUCAAAUUGUGUGUUUUUUUUAACAUACCGGGGCUUGGUUCAUUUUAAAUACUGAAACUAAGCUCCUGAUGAAACAUCCUUCAUUUAUGGGAUAAAAUCUAAUACAAAACACACACACACACAUUACUGCAAAUCAACUAUCUAUCCAAGGUCAUUGCGAAACUUGUAUUUGUGAGAGCUAGUUUAACUGCAGAAUGUUAUUGACUUUUAUGACCUAAAUUCUGCGUGGUCAAAUGUAAUGUGUGACGUGGGAGCCGCUGCACUUGAAAUUAUUGGAUUUACAUAAAGAGCUGUUUGGUUCCGUUGUAAAAAUCCAAUAUUGAUCACCAUCAAGUGAAAAUUCCCAUGUGAUGUUAGCCUUUCUACUUAAUUAAAGAUUGUCCGGAUGUAUGUAGGAGAAUAUAUGACAGUGUGGUUAUUAGUUUGACCAUUCCAUAGCUCUCUUUAGUUAGGAGGCAGAACAUUUAACAGAAGAGCGGGGUGUACAGAUAAGUGGAAAAGUCUUAAUAUAAUGUAAACUUUGUCCCUUAUUAUUGUGUUUUAUCCAGCUUCAGAUGAGUAACGAACAAACGACGAGAAAAUCAGGAUCAAAACGUAAUGAGACUUUGUUUUUGAUCUUGCACAGUCUCCCCCCCACUGAAUGUCACUGACCAUCGUCUAAGUUCCUUACAGAACCUUUGUGAAGUCAACUUUCUACCACUUCUCCUUGUCUAUAUAUUGGAAUGGUCAAUAAAGUAUUUUUUAUAAUAGUUUUCUUUUGAUAUUUUUCUCAAUUUUUAUAAGUGGGUUUUCCUAAAAUAUAAAUACCAGGAAUAAUUGGUACUUCCAUUUUGACUUGUGUACCAGGACAUGUAUCAGCGAAGUCUCUCUGAAAUGCAGCGCUGAUGUGGAAUCGAACUUGCGGCUGUAUGACCGAACCAAACCGCCCUCCAUCAGCGCUUCUUUUCUGAGACCUGAACUGAUUUGUCUUUUCUUUUUAGUACCAUGACCAAACUUGCGACGUUUUUGAAAAUUUUUGAUAAUGUUUUGAAAUGUUUUAAUCGUUGCUCGUUUAGGAUUAUUACCUUUAGCCUGUGUUGUGUUACGUUGUGUUAUCUAAUUUCCUGUGCUAACGCUGGUGUGGAAUGUAAACUGUUGUGAUGUAGAACGUAACAAUGACUUGACUGGAGGCUGAAUAAACCGUGCUUCAAUGUG